AUGGGCAUGUUCUCAAACCCAUUGCGGUCUCGCGAGAACCGCACUGGUAGACUACCAAAGUACGAGCAACUAAGUCCUCUACGCACAAAGGAGCGCCUCUCCAACGACGACGACUACUACUCCUCCGACGAUGAAUCGGAAGACUACUCCUCCGCAUCGUCGCCGAGUGCGCGGAGUUCAAGACAUACCUCGACCUCCCUCUCGAGCGCAGCAAUGAUGCUCCCGAAGCGGGCUCUCGCGACGGCCCGCCGCCCACGCACGCAUCUUUAUCGACUUCCCAACCGGAUUAUUCGUUACCUCUGUCUUGGACUGGUGACCUUCAUCGUCCUCAUGAUCAUGUCUCUAGUACGCGCGAGCCACGUCGAGAACAAGAUGAUCAUAGAGGGCAAGGUGGAAAAGAAGCCAGACCCCCCGCCGGUGUGGGAGUCUUUUGACUUCCUCCAAAGAUACUAUGGUGGCGACGAGGUUCCAUUGGACCAGCUCGACAUCAAUACCACGGCCACUGCGACGAGCGAAGACGGCAAGGACGAUGCCGUGAGGCGAGCUGUUCCCAAGAGCAAGGAGUUCGUCGAGCAUCCCGGGUCCAUUUUCGUCACCAAGCCCGAGAAGAUGAAUGAGUGCUUCAUCGACAAGGACAACAAGGUUCGCAUUCCGCCGAUUAGGUAUCUUGAUGGGCGACCCCAAGGAUUCCCCCAACACGCCGAAGGCUCCUAUGAGCUCUUAGACCUGCCCGAAGACAUCUGCUACGAACGGUUUGGACGUUACGCGCCUUACGGUUUCGGAUACUCCAUUCCUGCUGGAGGGCUCGGAAUUGGCGAGCACGGCGAAAACGAAGGCUCCGAAGACGUAUGGGAAAAGACGCCCAAGGUUGAUUGGCGCCAAGUCGACUGGGCCGAUGCUCAGCGCCGCUGCUACCAGGCCAACACCGACAGAUACAAGCCGAUGCCUCCCAAGACUCCUUCUGCUCGUGGUUUCUUUAUCGACGAGCCUGCCCAGAACUCGACACUUGUCACGCGCGAUCCCCUCGAGAACCUGGAGCCCAACGCCAAAGCUACCCAAGACGACAAGAAUCCCGGCCAGGAACAACAGACUGAAAAGGAAAAGAUUGCUCGCACCGCCGUCGUGAUUCGCGUUUGGGACGAGUACGACUGGCGCGAGGAAGAUAUCAUGAAUGUCCGUUCAGUCAUCGCCGAGCUUGCGUUGGCCUCGGGCGGGCGCUACGACGUUCAUCUUUUGGUCCAGAUCAAGAACGAUGCAGCAUACCCGGUUUGGGCCGACCACGAGGUUUACGAGCGCCGCAUCAGAGAGCGCAUCCCGGAGGAGUUCAGAGGCUUGGUUACGCUGUGGACAGAGACCCAGAUGCUGUCUCUGUACCAGGGCAUCUUCGACCUCUACACCCGUGGCCCUGACUUGCCUGUCCACGGAGUGUACCGCGGUCUCACUAUGGCUAUGCAGUAUUUCGCCUACCAACACCCCGAGUAUGACUUUUACUGGUCUUGGGAGAUGGACAUUCGCUACACUGGGCACUACUACGACUUGUUCUCCAAGAUUGAGAACUGGGGUAAGGAGCAGCCGCGGAAGGGCCUCUGGGAGCGCAACGCCCGCUUCUACAUCCCCAGCGUUCACGGCUCGUGGGAGGAUUUCAGACAAAUGGCCCGUGUCCAAUCCGAGAUGGGUACCGAAGGCCCAGACAACGUGUGGAAGAACAUUCCCGGCGUAAAUAAGAACAAGGAGAACCAGAACCCCGCCAAGAUCUCGAGGGGAGAGAAGACCAUAUGGGGACCUGAGCGCCCCACCAGCGAGGAUGACUGGUUUGAAAUCGAGAACGACCCCAAGCCUCCUACCACCUACGAGAAGGACAAGUACACCUGGGGCGUCGGCGAAGAGGCCGACUACAUUGCCUUCAACCCCAUCUUCGAUCCCGAGGGAACCACCUGGCUGUUGUCCGAGGAUAUCACGGGUUACAACAAGAACAACCGGGACGAGCCCAUGCCGCCUAGAAGAGCGCAUAUCAUCACUGCCUCGCGCAUGUCCCGUCGCCUUCUCAUGACCAUGCACCGCGAAACUGCAUUCAAGAAGCACUUCGCAUUCCCCGAAAUGUGGCCCGUGACGGUUGCUUUUCAGCACGGAUACAAGGCUGUCUUUGCUCCUCAUCCUAUGUUCGUCGACCGAGAAUGGCCUACCGAGUACCUGGCGCAGGUCCUCAACGGCGGCAAGAACGGCGCCAGCGGCGGCUCUCGCACUGCUGUCUUCGGCCAGCGGGAGCACAACCUCCGCGGCCUCAGCUGGUUCUACAAUUCGGGUUUCGCCCCGAACCUUUACCGCCGCUGGCUCGGCCUCAAGGUCAACAACGAUGGUGGCGAGGAGUUCGAAAAGACAGAAGACUUGAGCAAAGACGGCUCUACCGUUGGUCAGAUGCGUGGCGGUGAGGGACGGAUGUGCCUGCCCCCCAUGCUGAUCCAUCCCGUCAAGGGAGUUGACAUCCCGGUGGAGAAGAUACCUGAAGAGACGAAGGAGAACGUUCCCGAGUCUGACCCGAACGCUUGA